AUGUCAAAACUGCGUCCGCAAGGGAUUCCCAUGCGAUGGCGUGCAUCGCGCAAUCUUCGCACCAGCCUCAGCGGCGAGGUCUCAACUGGUCCAACAGUCGCGAUCGACGUCUCUAUCAGCCGCUACUACGGAAGAGUUGUCGCCCUCUCCCGUACACGUGUCCCUUACAUGACUCCUUGCGCCACGAAUAUCGUGGACAUCAACUUCUGGCAGAAACUCGUGCCACGCGUUGCCAUGGAGGAUGAGUCUCUUUGGUACGCACUCAUCGCUACUGCGACUCUCAAGCAACACCCAAGUCCGGACCCUUCACGAAAAAGCGCAUGUUCAGACCAAGAUCUUCAUUUGGGCUACCGACGACAAGCAAUGGAAUGGUACGGCCGAAGUCUUCGUGCCGCGGCUGCGAAGCCUAUUACUUCGUUAUCGGUGCUAGGAACUUUCUUCUUUGCUGGUUUCGAACUUUCGUCCGGGCGCCCCGACCGAGGUAUUCGGCUGCUGUAUCAGUCUUUCCGGCUCCAUGAACGAGAUCCAAAGCUCAGUUCCGAGAUCCAGGAUGCUCUAUCGCCCAUGAUGCUUCGAUCGUUAUUGCCACUAUCCGUCUUUGGCUGCCGGUUGACUCCUGAACAGCGACAACGUGCAAAAAGACCAAGAUCUCCUAGUCAACCCCAGACAGAUGAAGCCAGCGUCAUCAACCUCAUGGAAGACUUGCACGACACCAUCUACGACGUCCAAGUCUUCUGCUACGCGGCCAGCACCGCCCCUAGCAUAACCACAGAACACUCGCGAGAACAACAGACCCUCACCACCCGCAUGCAAGCCUGGCGCGACGACCCCGCCCUCAAACGCAUCCUGCACAGCACCGGCGACCCGCGCCGCUACCUCGCCCAGCUCCUCGUCCUGUACCACGUCUACUUCGUCAAGCUCCGCGCCGCCCUGGAUGCAAGCAACCUCGCCCUCCUCGACGACUUCGAGCCCAACUUCGAAAUCGCCGUCUGCGAAGCCGACCGCGCCAUGGCCUUCCGCACCGCCCGAGACAGCGUCUUCGCCUGCGACUUGACGCUCGUCCCCUGCCUGUACUACACGGCCUGGGCGUGCCGGCGCCCGCGCAUCCGCCGCCGCGCCAUCGAGCUGCUGCGCCACCAGGCCCCGCGCGAGGAGAACCUGUGGACCGCCGACGCGUGUCUGCACGCCAUUGAGAGCGUGGUCGUCUUCGAGGAGCGGGGCCGCGGCCGGACCACCGAUGACGGCGGGUAUGCGCCGACCGUGUCGGACGAGGAGGAUCGGUUGUUGCCGCCUGUAGAGCACCGGCUGCCCAUGUCGAGACUGGGUGCUCAUGCGCGGCUGCCGCCCGGCAUCGCCGUCGGCUUGGGGUGCUCGGAGGGCGUGUCGAAUUUGGCUUGGGAGCGGGCGGCCCGCGCGGACGCCGCGGCUAUGGUGCACCGGCCGUACGAGCUGCCGAAUCUAGGAAUAGUAUAG